AUGUGUUUCAUCAUGAAUGUUUCCUUGCUGCUGCUGCCUGGCUUCCAGCUGCUCCUGAUUUUCAGUGUAGGAGCCAAGAUACAAAAAGCAGGGGUUUCACCAGAGGACCACGGCACUCGCCUCCGAGGCCUCUGGAAGCUACACAUGAGGGACAGCCUGCUGAAAGAAAAAGCUUCUAAUCCUCAUCCAAUCAGAGAAGUGGUCAAGCAACAGCUGCUCUACUGCCGUGUUGGGAUUGGCUACCAUCUCCAGAUUCUUCCCAGCGGCUCUGUAGGAGGUGUACACAAACCCACUGAGCAUUGUUGGCUGAAGGUGUUUGCUAUGAAACAUGGAGUGGUGGGAAUCAGAGGAGUCAAGAGUGCCUUGUACCUCUGUAUGAAUGGAGAAGGACUGGCAUAUGGAACGGAGUUGUUUUCUGAUGACUGCCUGUUGAAGGAGAACCUGGAGGAGAAUCACUACACCACCUACUCCUCUCUGUCUCACCCAGGCAUCUAUCUGGCUCUUUCCCACAAGGGAGAGCUCAGGAAGGGCACAAGUGUGGGCCGCCACCAGUCCUGCACCCACUUCCUACCUCGGAGGACAUCGUGAUCAUGGUCCACGACAAGCUUCUGCAGAAUUCAAGACCAAUGAGGAAUUUAAGCGACAGACUAGAAAUGGGCCUCCACACAGCAACCUAAGACAUGGAAAUCCUUAAACAAGUACCAAUUCAAUUCAAUUCAAUUCAGUUUAUUUUGUAUUGCCCAAUAUCACAAAUGACAAAUUAUCCUCAGAGGGCUUUACAAUCUGUACACAUCGGAUCAGGAAAAACUCCCUAAAAAACCCUUUCAUGAGAACAAAAUGGUAGAAACCUUCAGGAGAGCAAUAGAGGAGGAUCCCUCUCCCCGGAUGGACGGAUGCAAUAGAUGUCAUGUGUACAGAAU